UCUGCGAUUGGGCGAACACUCUUUCCUUUCCUCCUCGACUUCCGCUCUCAGCACGCCCAACCAGGGAAUAAUGAUAAUAAUGAUCAAGAUGGCUACUACAGAAACCUUUCUGUAGCUAAGCACCAGUUUCAUGGGAUCACGCAAAACUGCACUUUGUAACUCUUAAAGUCCCUCGUAGGUGACGAGGGCUACGCCGGGAACGACACUACAUGGAUUCAUUACGGACUUUGAGGAAAUUCUAGUAAUUGUGUCGCCUGUAACAGUUAUCCAACGGAAGCUAGCUAACAGAGGAACCAGCUAGCCGAAUAGUUGGCGACUCUCUCCGGCGUUAGCCGACCACCCGCGGGGGAGCUUGGCUCCAUUUCUGGGAACAAAUGGCCGAACCGAGGAAAGUUCCCUUCGUCACACUCUCGUCGUUCAACACAUCCGCUCCGUCGACCCCGGAGUUGAGCAAGAAACGCCGCCGCGAGGAUGAGGCCAUGACUUUGGGCAGAGACGGUGGUGGAAGUGUGGUCGGCUCAGAAGGUGGCGCGGGUCUGUUUGGCACCGUGCAAGGUGAUGUCGUCGAGCCCGAGGAGGCGAAACCCACCGUCCGGCUCAACCUCUCUCUCUCCGAGCCGAGUGAACGUGGUUCCGCCGAGUUCAACUACGGCGAGCUGGUGGUCCCGACGCCUUCACGCUCCUCUCAGGUACAACUUUCAGCAGCUUCAACUGCCCCAAAAGGACUCGCACCCCCCCUGGACCCCAACGACCCCCUCGCUGAUGAUGAGAGGGAGAGACGGGAGGUUGAAGAGUUGGCUAUGAAAUUUGAAAGCAAAUAUGGUGGCGCCUCCAAGAAGAAGAAAAAAGACAGGAUGCAGGAUCUCAUUGAUAUUGGUUACGGGUAUGACGAGAGCGACCCCUUCAUUGACAAUUCAGAAGCCUAUGAUGAGCUGGUUCCGGCCUCUCUGACCACCAAACACGGCGGCUUUUACAUCAACACCGGCACUUUGCAGUUCCGAGCUGCAUCUGACUCCGAAGGAGACGAUACGGAGAAUAAUCACGUCAAGAUGAAAGAUGGAGAAGAGCGGGUGAUUAAGAAGCGCAGGAAGAAGCCGGAUGGAGCCGUUUUGGAGGAGAAGAAACCCAGGAAAAAUAAAGUACCAAAGCCCGGAGUGUCGUCCUUGAAUCGGCCAGAAAAGAAGAAGAGGAAGAAGCUGAUGAAAGAUUCCCUCCACCUGGCCAACAUGUUGCGGCGCUUCACCAGGGAGAAGGAAGAGAUGCGAAAGAGGACCGCGGCCGGCGCCGCUGUGCCGCGCCCCCAAGCCAAAGCGCCCGCUGCGAACCCUUCGCUCGUCAACAGCCAACCGAAGGCCGGCGGCGGCGGCAACGACUGCAACGUGACCGACCUGACGUCCGACCCGGCCGUGAUGUCGCUGCUGGGCUCGGCCAACAAUGACGUGUUGCAGGACAUGAUGGGCGAUCUGGACUUUGGGAUGCUGGACUCUCCGCAGUCCUGCAGUCCUACUCGGGGCGAGAACGGCUCCUCGGGCCAUAAGGCGGGCGCCGGCCGAAUGUCGCAGGGGAAUACGAUGAGCCCUCCGUCGCUGCCCGCCGGUCUCCCGGGGCCCCUCUUAAAGCGCAUCGAAGACCUCAGAGCGGCGUCCCGUCAGUUUGACGAAGAAGGCCGCAAGAAGUUCUUCACCAUGGACAUGAAUAAUAUCCUCCUCGAUAUCGAUUUGCAGGUUCAGGAGCAACCGGCGGACGUUCGUUCGGCCGUGUACUCUCACUUGGAGGCCUUUGUUCCGUGCAACAAAGAAGGUCUGCUCAAGCGGCUUAAGAAAUUGAGCCUCAACAUCCAGGACGACCGUCUCCGUACGCCGCUGCUCAAGCUGAAGCUGGCCGUGUGCAGCGUGAUGCCGGAGCAAAUUGCUCGAUACAACAUGGACUGCAUCGCCAAGGUGGCAAAACAGCACUGCGAGGAGGGAGAGAAAAACGCUUCGGAAGACGACGACGAGGAGAAGCCGGGCAAGAGGGUGAUGGGGCCUCGCAAGAAGUUUGUCUGGGAUGACAAACUCAGGUUGUUGCUAUGCAACUUGGUACGGGUGAAGCUGAGCUGCUAUGAGCUGGAGGGCAAGAACGCUUCUCCCGAAGAUUACCUCAAAGCUUUCAUGGAGACGGAAGUGAAACCUCUUUGGCCCAAAGGGUGGAUGCAGGGCAGGAUCCUGUUUAAAGAGAGCAUCAUGGCUCAUGGCCAUCUGACCGGCUACACAGCAAAGAAAAAGAUUCCCUCCGCACCAAAGGUCAAGCCAAAGGAGGCAGCGUGGCUUCAGCGGACCCCGCCCUCAGCGGGCGUCGUCGCGUCCCUCGCCGGCCAGGUUGCUAAGCGAGCGUCUCAACCCCCGUCGGAGCCCAUCUGCCUGGAUUCCCUCGACGGCGACCUGGCGGUUCCGUCCCUGGACUCCAUCUCCCAGGCGCUGAUGAUCCUCGGCAACGCCGCCAAAGGCCUGGCGCACGGCGACGCCCCUCCCUCCCCGGAUAGACCCAAAGGCGUCGCCAACCCCGCCUCCCCCCACGUCUCGGCCCUCGUCCAACAGCAGCAGAAAAAGAACUCGGUCGGCGCGCCCGGCGCCGGCAACCCUCGCCACGCGUUCUCCUCCCCGUCGCCCUCCGCCCCGUCGUCUCGCCCGCCCCCGGUCACCUUUUCGCCCGCGUCGUCAAUCCGGGCGGACGCCGCGGGCGUCGUGAAGGGCCCGGGGCAGGCGCACAGACACUCGCCGUUAAGCGCUCAGAGACCCGUCGGCGUCGCCGUGCCGAAAGUCAACUCAUCUGCGUCGGCGCCGAAAGCCCGCCCCCCGCCCACCGCGUCGCCCCUCAUGCCUCCGGGAUCAAAGAUGGCGGUUCCCGCUCCCGCUUCGGGCCUCCUCAAAUGCGGCAAUAAUAAAGGAGUCAACAGCAGCGACCCCGUCGUCAUGACGGCGCCUGCGUCUCGACAGCCGACAGCCCACCCGUCGUCCGCGCACAUGAGCCCCAAAAGCUUCCUGGCGACGCGCCCGCCCCUCGCCCUGCAGAGCAAAACCUCCGCCGUGCCCGCCGCUCACCCGGGAGUUCAAACCACGCAACCGUCGGGCUUCAUCACCCCGAUGCACGCCACUCUCACCAAAUCCGGUCACACCGGCGUCACGCCGGUGGUCAAACUCACCCCCCGCACCCUCAACUCGGCCGUCGCCAGCCCGUCUCGCGGCCCGGCUUCGGUCGGCCCCGCCCAGGGCGUCGCCGCCCCGUCCCGCAGCCUGGGCUCGGCCGUCGCCGCCUCCUCCCGCGCCCUCAACUCGGUCGCCGGCGCCUCGUGUUCGCCCGCCCCCUCCCCGGCCCCCAGGUCCCAGGCGACACCCGCCAUGCAGCAGUUCUCUUCCAAAAGCCCCGCGGGUUUCCGCCCGCCCUUCUCAGGUGCCCAGGCCGGGGCGGCCAAGGCGGGUGCGGGUGGCUACGCUCCCCCCGCCAACCAGAAGACUCCAGUCAUCAGCAGCACAGCCAACAGUAGCCUUAUCAGCACGUCAUCCAUAAGCAAACAUUCAGGAAGUGCCGCCCCCCCGACGGCGCCCUCCACCAACACGGCCCAGCGCCAGAGGUCGGGCGGGGUGACGACGUCUCAGGGGGCCAAAGCGGUGACGUCCGUCCCGUUGUCGUCGGCCACUCCUCAGCUGCCUCAGGUGUCAUCAGCAGGCAGCAGCGGUCUACUGGGCUCCGCCUCGUCUCUUCCUCUCGGCUUCGGGAUGCUGGGGAGUCUGGUUCCCGUGUCGCUUCCCUUCCAGUUCCCCCCGCUGCUCAACUUGAGCGCCGGAGGCUCCAGCGCGCCGCCCGCUAGCGCUGCGGCGAGUAGCAAUGCAUCCUUCUCUUCCUUGACUCAGAAUCUAUAUAAGAGUCUCCAGUCGGGGUCUCAGGUUGCUCUGCCUCAUUUGCAGCUCGCUUUCUCAGAUGUCAGCCAAAGCCAGAGUGCAGACGCCAAGAGGAAGACUCUAUGAUAGCAGUCGGGGCAGACCACUUUUCAGGAAUGAAUUUUCAAAGGAAAAACAAAACCAUUUGGAUCACUUUUACAUCCUUGACAGCAAAACAAAACGACAAAUACAACUUGUCGAUGUUUACAAGACAGACCUAUAUCACUGUGGACAGGGAGAAGGCACUUGUGUGGGUCUGUCUGUUGCACCGUGCGUUUGUGUCUGUGUGUGUGUGUGUGUGUGUGUGUGUGUGUGUGGCCGCCUGUGUGUGUAUAUGUUGAUAGAAGAUGAACAGUGUGCCUUUUGUAUGCUUCCCUCUCUGAUGCAUGGUCAGUGUCUACACUGUGCUCUUUUUAAACCAUAAUGAAAGGAUCGCUGACUUUUGUAAGAAAAAAAAAAAGCACAUCGCUGACUUGCAGCUUUUUCCAAUUCCCCAAGCUGAACACUUUUUCUAUUGAAUUCUUCAAUGAGUUCCAUUCUGUACAGUACUGAAACCUUUUAAUUAAAAGUCCUACUCUUCA